AGUCCUGCAGGAAGGAGCGUGUUGUGGUUGUGGUUGUGUUGUUGUUGUGUUGUUAUCUGCACCAUCAGUCCUGCAGGAAGGAGCGUGUUGUGGUUGUGUCGCCCCCCUGUGGCCAUGUGCAGUGUUACACUUCUGUCAGUAAACAGGUUCCAGCUGCAGACAGGAAGUGGAACCUUGUUCUGUGAAGGUUCAGAGGAUCUGUUAAUCCAGGCUUUGUUCAGCUGCUGGAUGAAAUGAGGCCCAGGAACCUGUUUUAGGAUCAGAAACAGAAACCAGACAAAAAUACACAUCUGUGUAAAAUCAGUCCUGAAAUAAAAAAAUAAAACUUGUUUACAUUUCUUUUAAAAAAGUUUAUUUGAUUUAAAACAUUUGUGCUCAGAAGUUUGAAUUUAAACUCUAUAUUUUUUAAGGACACUAGAUGGAGCUGAAAUACCUGAAAACCUAAAGCCCCGCCCACAGAAGGAGGAAGCGGAAGCGGAAGCAGCUGCGGUGAAGAACAGCUGACUUUAAACUGCUGGAGGACAAAAACAACUGUCUGUCAGAAGAAAUUCAUGUUGAAAUCUCAGAUUUCUUCCUGCUGCUGACUGAGGCCUCUGACAGGAGCUCCUCUCAGUCCAGGAUCUGUUGUGUAACCAGGUCUCACCUGGAGAUCAAACUUCACCUGUCAGUGAGAGGAUGUUGGAACAGCAGGCUGAUCGGGUCAUGGCACUGACUGAAUGGGAGAACCGUUGGCAGGAGAACCGGAUCGGCUUCCAUCAGCCAGCUGUACACAUGAUGUUGAAGAACCAUCUGCAGAAAGUUUUGAAUGGACGAACUGGAGUUCGCUUCUUUUUUCCUCUUUGUGGUAAAGCUGUGGACAUGAAGUGGUUGGCUGAUCAGGGUCAUGCAGUGGUUGGAGUGGAGAUCUCUGAAAAGGCUGUUCGGCAGUUCUUUACGGAGAACAACAUGGCAUUCAUUGAAGAGCCAAUUCCUUCUAUACCUGGAGCAAAACUCUUUAAGAACUUAGAGAAGAACAUCUCCCUGUAUCAGUGCGACCUGUUCAGGUUCUCCAGCUCUGUUGGAGGUGAGUUUGGAGCAAUCUGGGACCGUGGAUCUCUGGUGGCAAUCAACCCAAAGGACAGAAAGAGGUAUGCUGCUCUCAUCAUGUCUGUCAUGGCCCCAGACUGCAGAUACCUUCUGGACACACUUCUGUACAAUCCUGAGUUAUAUAAAGGUCCUCCGUUUUUGGUUCCUGAUGAUCAGGUCCACAAUCUGUUUGGGGACAGCUGUGACUUGGAGCUGCUGGAGUCUGUGGACGCUUUGACCGACAGACACAGAGCGUGGGGUUUGGACUCUUUGACUGAAAACAUCCAUCUCAUCACUCUUAAAGCAGAAGACAACUCCCACAGCUGAAAAUACUGUAGCAGCAGUUUUAUUACUGGAAUAAAACUUUUUCACAUUUUCAGGAAUGAUUUUAGAUUUGCUACCAACAGAGACGGUUUUAUAAAUGUGUUAAAAACUGA